AUGCAACCAACUAUUGAAGCCACUCAAAAGGAUAACACUCAAGAAAAGAGGGACAAUUAUAUUGUCAAAGGGUUUUUCUGGAGUCCAGAUUGUGUAAUCGCUUAG